AAGAAUAAAAUUUGGUUUAUUAGUAAUCGUCAAAAAAUUCAAUUUUUUUUUCUUGAACUCGUUUCUUGUCCUCCCCAUUCAAAAUUUCACCCGCCGUAGGAUUAUCCGAACCGGAGCGCCGCCGCCAGUAGCAACGCCUCUCUUCUCUCUUCGGUAAACUGAUUAUCACGGCUGGAUCGCAAGAAACAAAGCUUCGUAGUACGAUUAACCAAUCUCCAUGACCAAUGCGGUUCGCUCUGGAAUCUCUGCCCACAAACUGUUCGAUAAAAUCACCAAGAGACACACAGCCUCACCAAACUGCAAACCCCUCAUUGCUUCACGUAGAAAGCGCCUGAAUAUGGUAGACCCUGUUGAAUAUUUCGAACAGAACGAUAUUCCAAGAUCAUGGUCGUUUAGAAUAUCCAGUUUGGUGUCAGAAAACCGGUCUGAGGAGGCCAUAGGCUUGUUCAAAGCAAUGCUCGUCUCGGGAGAUAGGCCAAAUUUUGUGACGGUAUUAAGUGUGGUGAAGGCUGUCGGUUCACUAGGCUCGAAAGAUUUGGCAUGUGGGAUUCAUGGAUACUCAAUAAAGACGGGGUUAAUUGAUUCGCAGGUGGCGAUAGUGACUGCACUUGUCGGUGUUUACUCUUGUUGGGAUAUGAGGAGUGCGUGGAAAUUAUUUAAUCGGGCACGUAAUAAAGAUGUGGUUAUGUGCAGUGCAAUGGUUUUUGCAUGUGUGAGCAAUGGCGAGCAUUCGGAAGCCUUAAAAUUAUUUAAAGAAAUGUUGCUUUGUGGCAUUCUGCCGAAUCAUGUGACGCUUUCAAGUAUACUUCCUGUUUGUGCUGGUCUUGUUAAACCGAAUCUUGGGAGAGAAAUUCAUGGUUAUUCUAUCAAAAGAUCACUCUAUUGUCACACAAUUUUGUGGAAUUCGAUUCUCGAUAUGUAUUCCAAAUGCAGGGAUUUAGAAGCAGCACUUCGGGUUUUCAAACAUAUGCAGAACAAAGAUAUGGUUUCAUGGAGGAUCAUGAUACGUGGUUGUGUAGUAAAUAAUAAGCCGAAGAAAGCCUUGGAGAUCUUUCGCGAAUUACGAGCUUACAGUGCGGAAAAAUUAGAUGAAUAUAUCAUGCAAGAAGUAAUCGGAGCGUAUUCACAAUUUGAUGAGAAUUAUAUCAGGCACGGAUUUCACAGUCUUAUACUUAAAAUGGGAUUCGCUGCAUUUGUUCCUGUGAUGACUGAUCUUCUUCAACUAUACGCGAAAUUCGGUGAUAUCGAGUCCGCUAGGAAUAUGUUCGAUGUUCUAAAACGGAAAGAUCUUAUUGCAUGGAGUGUGAUGAUUGCAGUUUAUGCUCAAAGCACGCAGCCAAAUAACGCAUUUGAUAUAUUAAGACUGAUGCAAUUGGCUGACCAGAGACCUAAUGAAUUCACUUUCGUUAGUUUAUUAUUAGCUUGCACUUCACUCGAUGCUAUAGAAUUAGGCGAAAGCGUACACUCUCAGAUAACGAAAAAUGGAUAUUCAACCAAUACAUUUUUGACAUCUGCACUGAUCGAUAUGUACUGCAAAUUCGGAAGAACGAGGCAAGGGAAGUCCGUUUUCGAUGAAAACACCACCAAUGAUUUUGUAUGUUGGAGCUCGAUGAUAAACGGCUACGCGAUAAAUGGCUGUGGAAACGAGGUUCUUGAGUGUUUCUCAGACAUGCUGUCUCAUGGGAUAGAGCCGAACGAUGUUAUUUUUGUAUCAGUUCUCUCUGCAUGUAGCCACUGUGGGCUGGAGUACGAGGGUUGGAGGUGGUUUCUUGCGAUGGAAGCGAAGUAUUGUAUUAAGCCAAAGCUUGCGCAUUAUGCAUGCAUGGUGGAUAUGCUUAGCAGACAAGGAAAUGUCGAAGAAGCUCUUGAAUUUGUGAAUAAAAUGCCGAUGGAACCUGAUAAGAGGAUAUGGGGUGCGAUUCUUGCUGGAUGCAGAAACAGUUAUGGAUGUAAUGAAGUUCUCGAAUUUGUUGCGAAGAAACUGAUAAGUUUGGACCCGGAAAAUACAAACUACUAUGUGGUUCUUUCUAAUAUGUAUGCAGAACAGGGUAGAUGGGAAGAAGCUGAGAAGCUGAGGAAUAUGAUCGACACGAAAUCGUUGAAGAAAGUUGUGGGCUACAGCUUGAUUUGAGGCGAUUCGGGUUAUCAUGUUAUUAUUCAGUGCGGUAAUCAAAUCUGCAGAAGCAAGACUUCGUCAGGUGAAUAUUG